ACCACCGCGUCACGAGGCAGAGGCGCUAGGCUAUGCGGGUGUCGUCGUCGUCUCAGUUGCUUUGCUUUGCUCUACUGCUCUCCCUGGUCUCGUCGCAUUCCGAGGCCCGACUACUCUCGGCUCGGCCCUCGCCCCCCGUCCCUCUUGCUCUGCCCUUGUCGCUCUCUCGCGCUCUCUUCUGUUCUGCUCUGCGAGGGCCGCACUUGCACUUGCCUUGGCUUCUCCUCCCCUCUCUCUGCCAUUCCGGCUGCCGCCCUCUUCCCGCACCAUUGCCGCCCUCUUGGGAGCUCUGCUGGGUGCUUCCUCUUUCGAAAUCGCGUUUGCGUUUCUGUGCUUGGCGCUUCCUCUCCCUUUUUGCCUGAUUCUUGUCGCUAGCGCGGGUCGAAUUUGGAGGAGCGCUCGGUGGCGUCGUUGCUGUGGCUGAGCGGCUUCUUCUGCUUCAGGUUCGUGCGUUUUUGGGUGCAAACGCUCUAGGGUUUUGCAUGCUUGAGAGGUUUCUGGAUCCGGGUCGGGGGUGGAGUUUGGUUGCGACGGCGGACGGGUUUGGGGUGGAGGUCGAUUGCGGAGCGCUCGGUCGUUGGACGGUGGUGCUGGAAUCUUCCGGAUGUUGUUUGGUGUCGUGCGAGCUGUGUCGCGCAUUUGGGGCAUUGGUCCGAGGACGAGAAGACGCAGUUUGGGUUAGCUGUGGAAUUGGAUGUUAGCUGACGUGCGCGGAAUCGAAUUGGGAGCGUGCACGCCGGCUCCAGUCGAGGGGGUUUGGAUUUUGUAAAGGUCGUAUUUGAGGGUUUUCGAGCCCCAUUGGAGUGGUGGUCGUGUUGUGGAUGUGGGUCAAGGGUAUGCCUGGUUGGUGGAAACGGCGAUUGUGUGGGACAGUUGCGUGAUAGCUCUUCGGGGCAUGAGGGCACGAUACAGGAUGGCCAGUCUGUGAGAUGAACAGGAGCACCCGGGCCGGCUGCGUACCGAUGCGGCUUGUUGUGGCGGUGGUUUAGAGCGACUUGCAAAUGCAGUGGUCGCUGGGAAGCCAGCAUUUGAGGAGAGUGUGGUAUUAGGUCAGGGAUUGGGACUGCUCACGGACACAAGAGGACCAGAGAUGGUUUUCAAGUUGAAGCGCGUGAUGCAGCGCGGGACCAAGGGGAAGAACGACAAUAAUGAGAAAGCUGACGCAUCCGCGUCGGCACCCAACACAUCUGCUUCAGCUCCUGCGGGGGUGGUAGGUCAGGCAGCUGCCAGCAAAGCCGGCAACAAUGUGGGGGCGCGAGCAGCGGUUGGUGCCCCUGGCGGCAUCAAGGCGGGAGGUCCUGCAGCAGGUGCGCAGGCGGGUGGAAGGCAGGUGGAUGCGGGGAAGAUGGCGCCGGGGGCAUUCGAGGCGCUGCCGUCGUUCAGAGACGUGCCGACCUCGGACAGGCAGAGCCUGUUCGUUCGGAAGCUGGUCCUGUGCUGCCAUACGUUCGACUUCACGGAUCCGACGAAGAAUGUGAGGGAAAAGGAAAUCAAGCGACAGACGCUGCUGGAGCUGGUGGACUACGUGACGUCGGGGUCGGGGAAGUUCACGGAAGCGGUGUUCGAGGACAUCACGAGGAUGCUGGCGGCGAAUCUGUUCCGAACGCUGCCCCCGUCGUCUCACGAGAACACGGGUUCGGAGAACUUCGACCCGGAGGAGGAAGAGCCGACGAUGGAGCCGGCGUGGCCGCACCUGCAGAUCGUGUACGAGUUUCUGCUGCGGUACGUGGUGUCGAGCGAGACGGACGCGAAGCUGGCGAAGCGGUACAUCGACCAUUCGUUCGUGCUGAGACUGCUGGACCUGUUCGACAGCGAGGACCCUCGGGAGAGGGAGUACCUGAAGACGAUAUUGCACCGGAUAUACGGGAAGUUCAUGGUGCACCGGCCGUUCAUCCGGAAGGCGAUAAACAACAUAUUCUACAGGUUCAUAUUCGAGACGGAGAAGCACAACGGGAUCGCGGAGCUGCUGGAGAUACUGGGGAGCAUCAUCAACGGGUUCGCGCUGCCGUUGAAGGAGGAGCACAAGCUGUUUUUGGCGCGGGCGUUGACCCCGCUGCACAAGCCGAAGUGCGUGUCGAUGUACCACCAGCAGCUGUCGUACUGCAUAAUCCAGUUCGUGGAGAAGGACUUCAAGCUGGCGGACGUGGUGAUACGGGGGCUGCUGCGGUACUGGCCGGUGACGAACAGCCAGAAGGAGGUGCUGUUUCUGGGGGAGUUGGAGGAGGUGUUGGAGGCGACGCAGAGCGCAGAGUUUCAGAGGUGCAUGGUGCCGCUGUUUCGACAGAUCGGUCGGUGUCUGAACAGUUCACAUUUCCAGGUUGCGGAGCGUGCGCUGUUUUUGUGGAACAACGAUCACAUUGUGAGCCUAGUGGCCCAGAAUCGGCUGGUGGUGCUACCGAUCAUCUUUCCGGCGUUGGAGAGGAACACGAGAAGCCACUGGAAUCAGGCGGUGCACGGGCUGACGCUGAACGUACGAAAAAUGUUUCUGGAGAUGGAUCAGGAGCUAUUCCAGGAAUGCCAACGGAAGUAUCAAGAAGAUGAAGCGAAGGCGAAAGGGAUGGAAGAAGUGCGGGAGCAAACGUGGAAACGACUUGAGGCUGCCGGAAGGCAGAGUAGUAAUUCGAGCAGUGACAAUGCCCUUGCAUCGUCGAAUGAUGUGCCGAUUGUAAGGACGGUUGCAAAGGGCACAUCAGGGACAGGAACCCCAAUAGCCGCUCAGGGUGCAGCUCCAAUGUUGGGAAAGUAGCGCUAUUGCCUCUUUUCCUUUUCCUUUUGAUUUUAUUUUUAAAAAUCCUCUAAUCUUUGCUCUUCUUUGUCCUUCUCCUUCUGCCUCUAUUUCUGUUUUUCGCGCCCUUUUUUGUUUUUUGUUUUCCCCCCCCCCCCUCCCAUCCUGUUUCCGCUGCUUGAAGAAGCCCGGUUUCCAAUUGAUGCAAACCUGGAUGCUCCUUGUGUCUAGUUGCAGAUGAGUAUGGUGGCCAGGGUUGAUUUGGAGUAGGAAGCUUAUGUAUGCAAUGGGCACGGCGUAUUGGCCUAGUUUCGGGCUCUUUUGAGACGGUGCAGAACUGGUCUAUAGAACGUCUUUGGUUGGAGACGUGUAGAUUUCGUGUGCGGUAGCUUUUUAAGUGUUUCUCAUCUUUUGCAUCGUUUUCUGGUUUUUGCUCCUGUUCUAGGUAUGGUUGAGGCGGAGGGUUUAAGUCAGGUAAGAUUGUGUCAUCAGUAGGUGUUUGUUUAGCAGGGCAUCUUCCUCUCUUUUUCUUUUUCUUUGCUUCCUCUGCCCUCUUACGUCUUUCAAUUUUUUGUUUUGUUUUUUUUUUUGUUUUUUUGUUUUUUUUAAUUUUAAUUUUAUUAUUAUUAUUUUUUGUAUAGAGAAAGGUCAGGAACAGGCCUAUCAAAAUCCCUGUGUGAAAAUACAUCGUGGUGUUCGUUAUUUGAAGAAUGGUUUAUCUGCGAGUUGAUAGAUGUGGGAGUUUGUCGAGUAGCCGGAGAUAUCUCUCUCUGGAAGUAUAUAGAGAGGGAUUGGAGAGGGAUUUCUGAGCAGUUACGCUGGAAGUGCAGAAUUGAGAAAAACGUUACAGGAAGAUUGAUGACAGUUGGUUAGGGAAAGCAUUCAAGCUGUGGAGAAGAGCAUUGUAGCUAGGAGUUUUGCUGCACAAUUACUUUUAUAUUGAUCAAUCA